AUGGAAUCAGAGAAUGCAUUCAGAACUCAGUUCAAUAAUUGGACUCAAAGAAACAAUCCUUCAAAUGCUCCUUCAUUACCAGCGUUUUCAGAAUGGACAGAUUAUAUAAAAAAUGGAGCUAAUGAUUUAUACACUUCCCUUCCAACAUACAGAAAUGAGAAUCAAAUUCAAGAACCUUCAUGGUUUCAAUUAAGUAAUUUUGAAAAAAUCGUAGGUUUCAUAAUGUGUUUAUCAGGAUCAGCUUUAUGUUUCGGUAUAAGUUUCUUCUUAUUCCCAGUAUUAGCUUUGAAACCAAGGAAAUUCGGAAUGUUAUGGUCAUUAGGAUCAUUAUUGUUUGUGAUAUCAUUUGGUAUCUUACAAGGACCAAAGAAAUACUUCUACCAUUUGAUAUCUAAAGAUAGAAUAGUAUUCAGUGCAGUGUUCUUUGGAUCAGUAUUGGCAACAUUAUAUGCAUCUAUUGUGAUGAAAAGUACUAUCUUCACCAUUAUAACAGGAGUAAUUGAAAUAUUUGCAGUUUUAUAUUAUACCAUAAGUUAUUUCCCAUUUGGAGCACAAACUUUAACAUUUUUCACUAGUUAUAUGGUUGGAUGGGUCGGAGGAUUCAUUGGAGGUAUUUUAUAG